CCACUCUCUCUGCUCUGUUUUCCUUUUUUUUUUUUUUCUCUUUCUUUCAGUUCCACUUUGAGAGAGAGAAAGUGAAAUCUUAGAGAGAGAGAGUGAGUAAGUGGUGAGUAAUGGCAAUGGCGGUCUCGAAGAAGUGGGUUUCUCUGAGUUCGUUGCUUCUUCUCGUUCUGUUGUUCGUCGGAGUAGUGGCGAUAACACGAACAGACAACAACUCUGCUCCCAGGAAUGUUGAAACAGACAAGUUACAGAGCUCCAACAACUCAUCAAUGGCGGUGAUAAGGUCUGAAGAGGUUGGAGAAUUGAAUGAGCAUGCAGUGGAUGAUCCAGAGGAGGUUGCUUCCAUGGUUGAGAUGAGUAUCCAGAACAGCACUGAGAGGAGGAAAUUGGGCUACUUCUCCUGUGGAACAGGCAAUCCCAUUGAUGACUGCUGGCGCUGUGAUCCAAACUGGCACCGCAACCGCAAACGCCUCGCUGAUUGUGGCAUUGGUUUUGGUAGAAAUGCCAUUGGUGGCCGCGAUGGCCGCUUCUAUGUCGUCACUGACCCCAGUGACAAUGACCCUGUUAACCCCCGACCUGGCACCUUGCGACAUGCUGUCAUCCAAGACAAACCUCUCUGGAUCGUGUUCAAGCGCGACAUGGUGAUAAAAUUGAAGCAGGAGCUAAUCAUGAACAGCUUCAAGACCAUUGAUGCCCGCGGAGUCAAUGUUCAUAUUGCUAAUGGUGCCUGCAUUACAAUUCAGUUUGUUACUAAUGUUAUAAUUCAUGGGCUUAACAUUCAUGACUGUAAACCAACUGGCAAUGCCAUGGUGAGGAGCUCACCAAGCCAUUUUGGGUGGAGGACAAUGGCUGAUGGUGAUGGCAUUUCAAUUUUUGGAUCGAGUCAUUUAUGGAUUGAUCACAAUUCACUCUCUAACUGUGCCGAUGGCCUUGUUGACGCUAUUAUGGGUUCGACUGCCAUUACCAUUUCUAACAAUUACUUCACUCACCACAAUGAGGUGAUGCUAUUGGGUCAUAGUGAUUCCUAUGUCAGAGACAAGCAAAUGCAAGUCACUAUUGCCUACAAUCAUUUUGGAGAGGGUCUUAUCCAGAGAAUGCCAAGAUGUAGACAUGGGUAUUUCCAUGUGGUGAACAAUGACUACACUCACUGGGAGAUGUAUGCCAUUGGUGGAAGUGCUGAGCCAACUAUUAACAGCCAGGGUAACAGAUACCUUGCUCCUUCCAAUCCAUUUGCAAAGGAGGUGACAAAAAGAGUGCAAACAUCUUCAAGCAAGUGGAAGAAUUGGAAUUGGAGGUCAGAGGGUGACCUUAUGCUUAAUGGGGCCUAUUUCACUCCAUCCGGGGCUGGAGCCUCGGCCAGCUAUGCCAGAGCUUCAAGCCUUGGUGCCAAGUCUUCUUCCAUGGUGGGCACCAUCACUUCCGGUGCCGGUGUUCUUUCCUGCCGCAGAGGCCAUCAGUGCUAGCAAUCUCAGCUAAUCACAAGAAAAAUGGUUUUUUUUUUUUUUUUUUUUUGGGUUAGGUUUCUGAUUUUACUAUUAUAUAGUAAUAGCACUACUCCACCAUAUAUCCAAUAUUCCACCAUUGUUUGUCCCCUUAAUCAAUGUGUUUUUUACACUGGCAAAGUGUAGAUUAUACACAUUUUCAUCAUUUGUCUUACAAAAUUGCCCUUAUUCCUCCUCACUGUCCCGCCAUUGUUGCACAACCAUGGCCUGCUUCAAUUGAAGAAAAAAAAAAGAUGCUAUUGUAGGAGUGGGUGCAGAAGUGUUGUUCAUUACUUUCUUACUUUUUUUUUUUUUUUUUUUAAUCUCAACUUUUUUUUUUUCAAUCUCAACCUAUGUUUCUAACCACCAUUAGUGUUUUUAGUGCUGCUACAUAGUGUGUUGGCUUUGGGGUUUAUAGGAACUCAAAUGUUUUGUGAGGUUUUUUUAUUUUUUUAUUUCUGAUUUUUAGGUUCCUUGAGUCAUACAAGAUAUAGUGUGAAUGUCAAACUUUUGAGUUAUGAAAAAAAUCUGUUAUACAUGAUGCAUAACAGUGGGAUUAUUUACCUUUUUCUUUCUUUUUUUGUUUUUGCUUUGUACAUUGUCAAUGGAAGCAAUCCUGUCUCUUUUGGUUGUUCAAUGUGAUUUUAUUAUAUGUUA